UUACCGUCCCGACUGAAGUAAAAAACAGGAAGAAAAGUCUCCAAACCUGGACGCGGCGGCUAAACCUUCGGUAAACCUCUGCUCCAGCCCUUCCAUGCUGUGAUCAGAUGGGAAGAUUUCAUCUUCUUUUUGUAUUUUCCUCUCUUUAGAUAAUAUGGGUUUCUUCAACUCCAUGAGUUUUGUAUUGCGCCUCUGUGGAUGAACUCACACCGUCCAAGAUGGGUCCAAUCAGGAAAAGAUCUGAUCUGGGUUUCAUCCCAGAUAAGCCAUUUCUAUCCAGAAAACACAGCAACUCCAAUCCAAUAUUCCAUUUCACUACAUGCCCGUUCAUCAUCAUCAUCAUCAUCAUCACCACCACCACCAUCAUACCAUCAUCCUCAGCCGUAGAUUUCCUCUUCAAUUCCUUCAAUUCUACCUCCAAUGUGGACACGAUCCUCGGCGCAAGGAUCGACCCACCCGUCGUUCGAUUGACCAACGACUCGGAUCCCCUGUCCAUGGGACGGCUCUUCUACCCGACUCGCCUCCGCAUGAAAAGCAACAGCACCGCCAACACCACCACCAUCUCAUCCUUCUCCACCUCCUUCAUAUUCUCUAUCCUCCCUGAUAUCCAGAGCAGCCCUGGCUUCGGCAUCGCAUUCGUCCUCUCAAAUUCCGAAUUCCCCGAUGGCGCCAUCCCUGGCCAGCGCUUCGGCCUCUUCCCCACUCCCACCGCCAGCCCCACCAUCGCCCCUCUCCUCGCCAUUGAGUUCGACACCGGCCUCAACCCCGAAUUCAACGACCCAGAUGGUAACCACGUCGGCAUCGACCUCAACAGCAUCGUCUCCACCUACUUCGAGACUGCUGAAUACUACGACCUCUCAUCCAACGAAUCCCGGCCAAUUGACAUGAGAUCAGGCCAGAACAUACAUGCCUGGAUCGAUUUUGAUGGGGCAGGCCCAACAAUCAACAUCACGCUCGCCCCAGCAGGUGUGUCGAAGUCAUCUAGGCCGUUGAUCAACUUCCAGGACCCGGAAAUCGCCAAUUACAUCUCGGAGGAGAUGUAUGUCGGGUUCUCAGCAUCCAAGGUCACAUGGGUCGAGGUGCAGAGGAUCUUAGCCUGGAGCCUGAGUGACACCGGACAGCCUGCGAGAGAAUUGAACACCUCGAAUCUUCCGGUGUUCUUGCCGCCGUCAUCAUCUUCUUCACCUUCCACUGGGUUAAUAGCCGGAGUAACAUGCGCGUCGGUUGUUGCUGCAGCAAUCAGUGUCCUUGGAUGUUACUGGUAUUGGCGGCGGAAGAAGAGAGAGAAGGAGAAUCAAGAAGAUGUGAUAGAAGACUGGGAGCUGGAGUACUGGCCGCAUCGAUUCACCUACGAAGAGCUGUGGACUGCAACACAGGGAUUCUGUAAAGAGCAGCUGCUGGGAUUCGGAGGCUUUGGGAAGGUGUACAGAGGUGUCUUGGUGGCAAACAACAGCAACAGCAUUGUCGCGGUGAAGUGCGUGGCCCACGACUCCAAGCAAGGAGUGAGAGAAUUCAUGGCUGAGAUUUCAAGCAUGGGGAGGCUGCAGCACAAGAAUCUGGUGCAGAUGCGUGGGUGGUGUCGGAGGGGAAAUGAGCUGAUGCUGGUGUAUGAAUACAUGCCCAAUGGCAGCCUCAACAAAUGGAUAUUUGAUAAGCCAGAGCAGCUCUUGGGAUGGGCAGGCCGCCGCCGCGUCCUAGCUGACGUUGCUGAGGGGCUUCUCUAUCUGCACCAUGGGUGGGACCAGGUGGUCCUCCACCGUGAUAUCAAGUCUAGCAAUGUCUUGUUGGAUGCCGAUAUGCGCGGCCGGUUGGGGGAUUUCGGGCUCGCUAAGUUAUACCAGCAUGGGCAAGUGCCUUCCACCACACGGAUUGUCGGCACGCUUGGGUACUUGGCGCCUGAGCUUGCACACACGGCUGCACCAACCGCUGCAACCGAUGUAUACAGUUUUGGAGUGGUGAUGCUGGAGGUGGCAUCUGGGCGGAGGCCAAUUGAAACGGUGUCAGAUGACGACCUGUUGCUUAUCGAUUGGGUGCGUGACUUGUAUGAAUUGGGACGGGUUUUGGAUGCAGCGGAUGCACGAAUUGCUGGGGAGUACAGGGCUGACGACAUGGAGACAGUGUUGAAGCUGGGGCUAGCGUGCUGCCAUCCCGAACCAGAGCACCGGCCCACCAUGAAGGAGGUUGUGGAAAUGCUGUUGGCAGGUGAGGAGGCCAGGCCACCUGCAUGAUGUGGUUGCUUAAUCACAGCCUCUGUCAACGGUGGAUGAUGUGUAAGAACCAGCUAGUGGGCUGCAUGAUCAGUGGAUCCCAUCAGCAUUGUGUGGUAAAUUGUUGUUGAUAUUGUCAUUUCCGUUGCAAUUUUUUGAGAGUGAAUUGAAGCGUGUAUUUAUGUCAUUGCCACCAAAAUUCUAUUCUGUUUUUUUUUUUUUUUCUCAAACAUUAGUUUCUUCUUGUUGAUUUGAACCAAGCAGGAGAGAACAUUUCCCUCUAAUUUGUAUUACCCAACAUCAAGCACUCUGUUUUGUA